ACAUCAUGAGAUGUGUCUUGACUCACACUUUGGCAAUGAGACAUUUUUGUAGUCCAUCAGAAGUCAACCAGCUCAUAUUCAUUCAUUUCCUCCAUUCUGCUUGAACAGCGAAACAGGACAAAAAAAUGAAGUAAAUCAAGAUACAAUAUUAGGUCCAAUAGAAACUUCAGAAGUUCUAUGUUGUGUGCUGUUUGUUUCUGUAAUGAGACAUUUUUGCCCGUUUUAUAUAAUCGUGUAUUGUAUCGUGUGUGCGUGUUCUUAUUUGUGAGCGCUUGUUUGCUCGGAAGAAGAAGAAGACGAAGAAGAAAUUUGAUUGGAGGAUGAUCAGGAAGCCAUUCAUCAACAAAAAAAGAUGGGCGACGUGAUAGAGCUGCACAAACUCAAGCUUGCCGAGCUGAGGCAGGAGUGUGAGGCCAGAGGGCUGGAGACCAAGGGAAACAAGGGGGACCUGAUCGCACGCCUGCAGGCCUACCUGGAUGAGCAUGAUGAAGACGUGGAUGUGGAUGAUGUGCUGGCAGAUGAUUCUGUGGACUUCGCAAAAAGUGAAAUUAUAGACAACGGCAAAGAUGUCAAAGAAUCAGAAUCUCCUGUGGCUGAGUUGCCCCCUGAAAAAAAGAUUGUGAAGAUAUGUCCUCCGGCAACUGCCAGUGAACGACUACAAAAACGUGCUGAACGCUUCAAUCUGCCAGCAUCAGCUGAAGACAAGAAGGUUCAACGUGCUGCCAGGUUUGGAUUACCGAUCAGUGUUUCAAGUCCAUCCACAGGUGCUGUGGUGGCUGGCAACACUCCGGUCAAUGUGGAUCAGCUUAAGAAGCGGGCAGAGAGAUUUGGCAUGAAUGUGUCAUCUCUUUCACAAAAGAUGGAAGCGGAUGAAAAGCUGAUGAAGAGGAAGGAAAGGUUUGGCAUCCUGACGAGCGGCGGUGUGGCUGGCUCAGCAGACAUCCAGGCAAAGAAAAUGAAGCGUGCUGCACGAUUUGGAAUAGUGUAAAGUUUGUGUAUUUUAUGUUUUCUUUAAAUAAUUUUCAGUCGCCAGAAUUCUAAGUGAUGGUAACGGUCACAAGUUGAUCUUGGUAAUCAAUGGAAUAACAAUGUGGAGUUACUGGACAAAUUGUUGAAUUAGUGGAAACUGGAAGGAUUUUGUGCCUGCUUAUUCAAGUUUUUUUUUUCUUCUUUCUUUCCAUUUUCUUUCAAACUUCCCAAUUGACAGUGUGCUCACGACUUAAUGAUGGCCUGAUUUUCUUUAUUUAGUUGCACGUUUCUCCAACACAUAUCGUCAAAUCUUCGUGCACUGUAUGUUUAAUGAGCACAACUUCAACCUCGCACCCCUGAUUCCAUUCUGAAAUCGAGUCUUUGGCUACUUGCUGGGUUGCCCAAAAGGCAUUUGAUCAUUAAAAAAAAUGUGCACCAUAGAGUUUUUAAAGUACACUUUUAGAUAUUUCUUUAGUCUUCCAGCAGCCUCACAAUACUGAGUUCAUCAGCUAAACGAAAGGGCAAGCCAAAAAGAUGCAGUUUGACAUAUUUCAGGCAUUUGGAGAGAUGAAUCCAUUUUGUAUACGACAUCUAAAGAGAUCUGUGUUCAUUCUCCAAUUGUGCUUAUUACAGCUCACUAUAAGAACUUAGAAGUCUCCUAUUUUUAUCCCUAAAAAAGUGAUUGGAGGGCAACAAAGGUUUUCAGAUGAUCAUUUAAGAGGAUAUAACUCGGGGUUGUUUUAUGUGUUGAAAUGUAUUUUUGGUGUAACUUACAACUGUUUGGUUCACUGCUUCAGUUAUGUGUGCAUUUUAUAAAAUAAAAGGUUUUCAAUUUUCUGA